GCGGGUAGCUGGGGCAUAGGGUGUUGUUGAAUUUGCCAUGAGGACAAGUGUGGUUUCAUUUGGCUAUGGCUCAUCUGGAGCAAGCCAAACCAGUCAUCCUGAUGCUGAGCCACACGUCCUGCUCGGGAGGAAGAUUGACAUUUUGCACGAGUUUGUUGAGAAAAGCUUUCGGCGGCAGGCCAAAUUAUUGCGGAUGGAGGUUCGCCGAAAUCUUCGUGCCGCCAGGGAACCAGAUCAAAACGAAGUUCCCAUAGACUUGGACUUCGAGUUGCAGACAGACUUCAACUUUGAAGAAGUUGAAGCUGACAAAAAAGCUGCUGAAACAGAAUCAGUGUCAGUACCGUUUGCAAGUAAAGAGGAUCAGUUCCAAACUCCGCCGUCUUCUCCGCCAGCUUCCCCACGGCAUCAACCCAGUAACGGUCCUUCGCGCCCAUCAAUGCGAUCACACCAGAGCCGACCUAGCACCGUCGGUCAACACAGAUCAAGCCUUGGAAGCGCGUUCACCACCUUCACAGGAACCUCUGGACGCCGGUCGCUGUUGAGCAGUGUUGGUGCCUCAUGGAGAUCUGGAAGCCGUCUCAGAUUGAGCGGUGCCAGUGAACUUACUUCAUCUACGAUCCAGACAGGUCACAAGACUCUCCACAGUGUUGGGACUGAAGGGACAGCUCGAAGUCAUCGAAGUCUUUGGAGCCUCCACACCAACCGGUCUAAUCGCUCAAACACAUCUAACCAAACAAGCAACCGCUCAGCCGAUCGCAGUUGGGAGACUGGCCAAAGCUCACCGAGCUCACCAGACUCUUUUUUAAAGGAGCAUUACGACCAGCACUUGGCCACCGCCCAAAUUCAGGCUAUGUGGAUGACUCGUCGCAGGUUCUUUUCAGACACAAGUAGCAACAAAGAAAGGGGAUGGCAGUCCUUUGCGGAAGAAAUGAUCGACUCAGCCAUGUUCUCGUACAUCCUUACCCCUUUGAUUCUCCUUCAUGUUAUCCUCAUGGGGGUAGAAGUGGAUGUAUAUAUUGCCAGUGGCCCUCUUGGAAUGCCAUCAUGGAUUAGCAUUGUGAAUUUGAUCUUGGUGAGCCUCUUCAUGUGCGAGUUGUUGCUGAAGUUUGCAGCACUGGGUUGCCGCAAGUUCUGGUGUGGCACGGAUUGGGCAUGGAAUACCUUUGAUGCCUGUGUGAUCUCCUUGUCCGUUGCAGACGUGGCCCUUGAUCUCCUGUUCACCGCAUCGGUUCAAGCUGGCCAAGUGAGGGUUUUCCGCAUGGUUCGCAUUUUCCGCUAUCUGCGGAGCAUUCGAGUGGUUCGGCUUUUCCGCUACAUAAGCGCUCUGCAGGUAUUGAUUUUGUCUAUCAUCGGGACCAUGAGCUCGUUGGCUUGGACGCUGGCCCUUCUGCUAUUGAUCAUCUACAGCUUUGCGGUUGUCCUAACAGAACUAGUUGUCGAGCAUUGCAGCACACUGAUUCCUGGAAACAGCACAGAGUCUAGCUCUGUCGGGGGUCCCUUGGCCGGGUGCUCAGCACAAUUGACCGACCACUGGGCAAAUGUGGCAGAGAGUAUGAUGACGCUGUUCAUGACCAUAUCCCAGGGCUUGAAUUGGGAGGAAUUGGUCACACCUCUCCGGGAGUUCUCCAUCGUGCCGGUCGCUCUUCUUCUGCUGUAUGUGGUGAUAGCAAUUUUUGCGAUCCUCAAUGUAGUUACCGGGGUUUUUUGCAACACUGCCAUAGACAGCGCCGGGGCAGACAAAGACGUACGAACGCUCAAGCAGAUCCAAGCAAGGUCGCAACAGGUAGAGCUUUUGAAGCAAGUUUUCAGUGAGAUUGACUUUGAGAAAGUGAACGAAAUCAGCUUGGAGGACAUAAAGCGGUGCUUGGGCAACGACGAUCUAGCCGACUUUUUGGAAUCCAUGGGCAUCUCCACCGAUGAUGUUUGGACUCUUUUCAUGCUGCUGGAUUCUGAUCAUACUGGUCUCCUUGACCUGGAUGAGUUUGUCUCGGGCUGCAUGCAGCUUCACGGGCCUGCCAAGAGCAUCCAGGUUGCCAAAAUGAGCUAUGAGAACAAGCCACCCGGAUCAUGAAAACCGCGCUUAAAAUCGGCAAGGCCCUUUUGCCAUGUGGCGUUUCUGAGGCUCACCCGGUCAGCAAUCAGAAGCUUGAGCAAGGACAUUGAUGCUAUCAAGUAUUGCCUUGGGCAGCUGCCAGCCCCCCUGCCCAUGCUGGAGGAAACUGAGGAUGCAACAGACGUUUCAAUUUGAAGUGUCGGCACUUCUUUGCAUUUUGUUCAUGCAAUUGUGCGGCCAUUGGGUUUGGCAGAUUCCUUCGAUACCAUGUUCCCGCCCUGGAUUUGACCAGAAGCCCAAAGGGCCGGUCAAAGGUAGAACAGAUUCAGCCUAGGCAACCUAGACUGCAAGGUCUUUACGGCCCCAAUUUUGUCUCACUCCUAGCUGGCUUUCCAGAUCUGGAGGCCAGCAUCGACGCCGAAUCGCCGACAACGAGCAAAGCGUAGUAAGCCAGGACUGCAACGUACGGGUUUGUGACGUCCU